GCCCUCUCCUUUUCACUUCUUGUCGUCUCCUUGUAACACCUUACCGCCAAAAACCAAUACAACUUUGGUUUCACCCCUCCAUUCUUUUUCCUAUAUAUACUCCACUCAAAUUCCAUCAUUUUAGCACCCUCAAUUCUCUAUUUCUCAUAGCAAGAUUAGCUCUUCCUAUGAUUUCAUUUCUUCUUAACAAAGUACAACCUUUUAGUACUAUUAUUAUUACCCUGCCACUUAUUCUACUUCUACAACUACUAUUAUUAUUUCCGAAAUUGGACCAACAACUUUUCAUUCAUCCUAAAUUCCUAUUACCAUUAUUAAUAACUUUCCGUAUUCUCUACCUUAUAACCACCACCACAAUGCCUUCUAGGCCAUCCCAUGCAAUUAGGCAACCUAAUUUGAUCCACCACCCAAACAAAACCUACUUAGACUUUCAAUCUUCAAAGGAAUUGCCCGACUCAUUUGCAUGGGCACCACAUGGAGAUCCGUGUUCACUCGAGUCGAAUGCUUUUGGACACGAACAUGUGCCCGUAAUUAAUCUUGAGGACCCGAGAGCACAACAACUUAUUGGUGUUGCAUGUAAAUCAUGGGGAGCCUUUCAAAUAACUAACCAUGGUAUACCAAAAAGUUUAUUAGAUGACAUUGAGUUUGCUGGUAAAAAUCUUUUUGCUUUGCCGGUCCACCAAAAGCUUAAAGCAGCCCGCUCGCCACAUGGUAUUACGGGUUAUGGCCCGGCCCGGAUCUCGUCUUUCUUCCCCAAGAGGAUGUGGUCUGAGGGAUUCACUAUAUUGGGAUCUCCUCUUGACCAUGCUCGUCAACUUUGGCCUAAUGAUUAUAACAAAUUCUGUGACAUUAUUGAGGAGUACCAAAAGGAGAUGAAUCACUUAGCCAAGAGGCUCAUGCAACUAAUAUUGGGUUCAUUGGGAAUAUCCAACCAAGAUAUUAUGAAAUGGGCUGAUCUACUACUCAAAGGGGCAAAUGGAGCCAUCCAACUAAACUCUUACCCGGUUUGUCCGGACCCAAAUCGGGCCAUGGGCUUGGCGGCCCACACAGACUCAACCCUCCUUACAAUCCUCCACCAAAGUAGCACAACCGGGCUUCAAGUUUUCAAGGAACAGGUCGGGUGGAUCACGGUCCCACCCCUUUCGGGCGGGCUUGUUAUAAAUAUAGGCGACCUUUUGCACAUCUUAUCAAACGGGCAGUACCCAAGUGUCUACCAUCGGGCUAUGGUUAACCGGGUCCAGCAUCGUCUUUCGGUUGCCUAUCUUUACGGGCCCGCUCCCGGGGUCCGGAUCCAACCCCUUCCUAAUACUACCCACCCACCUAUAUAUAGACCGGUUACUUGGAGUGAAUAUUUGGGCAUCAAGGGUGAACAUUUCAACAAGGCCCUCUCAUUAAUACAACUUAAUAAUAACAACAAUAGUUCCCCAAUUAACGGACUCAUGACACGUGACGAGCCUAAAAACAUCAAGAUUGAUUCUGAAAAUAAAAUCCUCGCUGCAUAUGCUUAAAAUCAAGACUUGAUUAGAUUAGUCCUGCUUUUUUUUUUUUUUUUACGUGGACCAUUAUUAUAACGUUUUUGCCACUUGGUUUAUAAUCCUGCUGUGUCGUCAAGUAGGAUUUAUACUGAGUUGUUGUUAUCGUAGUAUCAUUAUUAGUUUGUCAUUAGGAGGUCUUUUUUUUUUUUUUUUUUUCAUUUUUCAAGGCGAAAAUUAAGGUUCUAGUCUUGAUCUCAUGAGUUUGUAAGUUUGUAUAAUCUCGAAAUUUUUUUAUUAAAUAAUUUGAUAGAUUAAUUUAUUUGUUCUUUUUUGUUACCUAUUUAUAUACUUUUGAGAAAAUAAUAAUUUUAUA